CCACAGACAUAUGCAGGGUGUCUGCUUGACAACUUCUUCUGUGAAUGCCAUGGGAAGAGGACAGAGGGAAUGUCUGCAUGGAAGGGCAAAUCUUUUGUUUGCCAGAUCAAAAGAUGGCACCCUCAGCGUUUUUACAAGACUGAACUUUGAACUUGCAGAAACUAUUCUGCUUUUGCUGUGCUGAUCUGUCUUUAACACAAGGAGUCUACCAGUUUCUGCUGCCUACAAAGAGUUACAUCAGCAGCCAACAAAGAUGGCUCAGCCAUCCUCACCCUGUGAUGUUCAGAAUGCCCGCCGAUUCCCCAUCUGCUUGUGCUCAUCCACACCACCAUGCCAGGCUGGAUGCACUUUCGACACAAGUCGAAGUGUUGCUCGUGAUGAAUGGCUAUCGGAGAGGUGUAAUGCUGUUUGCUUUGUACGACCAGACCUAACAAACACAAGGCUGGGUCAUCAGUAAGAGGCAUUCAGCAGCCCUCUCGCUCCUGCCACACGCGCCCAGCUCCUGCCUCCUCCUGCUGCUGCUGCCGGGACGAGCCAAGCCCAGCUCCGGGGAUGCGGCUGCAGGACUGCGGCUCUCUCCCAGCUCCUCAGCCGCCGCUCCUGCUCCAGCUGCCUUAAGGGAAGAGAGCGCGACAGCCGGCAUCUCUCCAGAACCCUUUGAUUUCAUUUACUAACCAGACUUUUGGAAAAGGUACUUUGCGCUCUCUUCCUCCCACCCCCCACUGCGGUUCUCGGCAGAAACUAAUUAAACCCACUCGCCCUUGGUGCGCCUAAGACAGUGUAUGAAUAUUUCAGUGUCUCACAGGCAGCCCUGUAAAGCGAUCGCUGUAUUAUUAAGAGGGGUGCAAGAGGAGGAGAAGGGUUGAGUUUGCCUCUGCGGUUUUUGUUUUGGUUUGGUUUUUUUUGGAUGAUGCUGCAAGGCGACUUGACGCAUUCCGGCACUGGCUGCUACUCCUAACCAGCGCAUCUGACUGGGAGCAGCAGCCACAGCGAUGGUCAAGUCGGCGACAAAAGAGGACGGAUCACGUUAAAGGCAAAAGGAGACGGCUGGGGAGGGAACCCCAGCCUUGGGGUGCACCCCAUAGACCUUCAGCCUCCUGGCUUGGGGAACAGGACCCCUCAUCUUACCUGCCCUCUUUCCCCCCUAAAGGUACUUCUUCCCUCUUUCUUUACCCUCCUGUCAUCCCUAAUGCCUUUCCCUUCAUCCCACCUCUCCUUCUCCCUUUUGGAUAUUUCCAUCCUUUAGGCUACAUCCCUUCCUCAAGCUCUCCGCCCAGACUCAUCAUCCCUUCCCGUGGACUGUGAGCCCCUACCCCUGCCCCCAUUCCCUACCCCCACCCCCUCAGACUCCACUGAACUGCCCCAGGACUCUCUGCUCUCCUCUAUCCACCUAUCAAGUCCCUCUCCUCUCCUACCCUGCCCUUGCGUCUUCCUUCCCGUGUGCCACCAUGACCGUGAUGGCUGGAGAGAACAUGGAUGAGACUUCUGCACUACCUGGCCACCCCCAGGAUAGCUACCAGCCUGCUGCCCAUGACGACCAUGAGUGCUGUGAGCGUGUAGUGAUUAACAUUGCUGGACUGCGCUUUGAGACACAGCUGAAGACCCUAGCCCAGUUCCCCAACACACUGCUGGGCAACCCUAAGAAACGCAUGCGGUACUUUGACCCCUUGCGCAAUGAGUACUUCUUUGACCGGAACCGGCCCAGCUUUGAUGCCAUCCUCUACUACUAUCAGUCUGGGGGGAGGCUUCGCCGGCCAGUCAAUGUGCCCUUGGACAUGUUCUCAGAGGAGAUCAAAUUUUAUGAGCUGGGUGAGGAGGCCAUGGAGAAGUUCCGGGAAGAUGAAGGAUUCAUCAAAGAUGAAGAGAGACCCUUGCCAGAGGGGGAGUACCAGCGCCAAGUAUGGCUCCUCUUUGAAUACCCAGAGAGCUCUGGGCCUGCAAGGGUCAUUGCAAUAGUCUCUGUCAUGGUGAUCCUCAUCUCCAUUGUGAUCUUCUGCCUAGAGACGUUACCUGAGCUAAAGGAGGACAAGGAUUAUACAUUGCCUCGCAUCGACAACACCACCCAGGUCUACAAAUCAAAUAUCUUCACAGAUCCCUUCUUUGUUGUGGAGACCCUGUGCAUAAUCUGGUUCUCUUUCGAGUUGGUGGUGCGCUUCUUUUCUUGCCCCAGUAAGACUGAUUUCUUCAAGAAUAUAAUGAACUUCAUUGACAUUGUGGCCAUCAUCCCUUACUUUAUCACCCUGGGCACUGAAAUGGCCGAGCGGGAGGGGACUCAGAAAGGAGAGCAGGCUACCUCCUUGGCCAUCCUGAGAGUCAUCAGACUGGUAAGAGUCUUUCGAAUCUUCAAACUCUCCCGGCACUCUAAGGGCCUCCAGAUUUUGGGACAGACCCUCAAAGCAAGUAUGAGAGAGCUAGGUUUACUAAUCUUCUUCCUGUUCAUUGGGGUGAUCUUAUUCUCUAGUGCGGUAUAUUUUGCUGAGGCUGAAGAACCUGAGUCUCAUUUCACAAGUAUCCCUGAUGCUUUCUGGUGGGCGGUGGUAUCCAUGACCACUGUGGGCUAUGGUGACAUGUACCCUGUGACAAUUGGAGGCAAAAUCGUAGGCUCCUUGUGUGCCAUCGCUGGUGUGCUGACAAUUGCCCUGCCUGUACCUGUCAUCGUGUCCAACUUCAACUACUUCUACCACCGAGAAACAGAAGGGGAAGAACAGGCUCAGUUGCUUCAUGUUAGCUCCCCUAAUUUAGCAUCUGACAGUGAUCUCAGUCGCCGCAGCUCCUCCACAAUCAGCAAAUCUGAGUACAUGGAAAUCGAAGAGGAUAUGAAUAAUAGCAUAGACAAUUUUAGAGAGGCUAAUCUCAGAACUGGCAACUGCACUGUAGCCAACCAAAACUGCGUUAAUAAAAGCAAGCUGCUGACUGAUGUGUAAACAAAAAAAAACCAAAAUCCCCACUCACAGCUUGAGGACUUUAGUGACACAGUCACACUUUGUAGAUGCUUUACUGAUAGUCUUUGAAUGCUUUCUUUACCUCGUAAAUGCCUUGUUGCAUUGCGAAUUUUUGCUCAGCGAUAAAGAAGCUUCCAGGAUCCAUGAAAGAUAGGUUUUGUUUAUUUUUAAAAAAUGUUUUCCACCUGGUAAAUGAUAAACAUUUGAACUAAUUUAGUUUUAAGCUGUGUGAUGCUAGACCUAAAGUUUUCCUCUUCCAUUUCCCUUUUUCUUUUCUUUUUGAAGUUAACUUAAACUAAGCAAGAGAGUUUUUAGAGCUAUAAAACAUACGCAUGGAUUCCAGUAAAAGUAUUCUGCAAAACUGCACAGUUGCAAGAAAGUGCAUAAAAUAAUAAUAAAAAAACCCCAACAAUGAAAACCUGCAGCAAGCAUUUGCUACGAUUUUUAUGAAGGAGCGCAAAUUUUCCUUCCGACUCCUAGGUGAAAGAUUACAUACUUCCUAUAUACAGAUCCACACAGCACCUUAUUAAAAACAUGCUUAGGCCAGUUCUCUUUUGCUGUCCAUAGGAGAACUAUUCUAAAAUGAAAAUAACAAACAAAACUGAAGACAAAACAUCUGCAAUGCUGCUAAGUUCUUUUACGUGCAGAUGAUUUGAAAAUACUUUUCCUUUACCCUGUCCAGAACUAGAUACAAAACUUUAAGCCCCUCUGUUGCAAGAUAGCACAAUGGAGUUUAAUAUAAGCAUGUUUGAAUUUGAUACUAUUUAUUUUAUAAUCGCAUGCCUGAAACGUUACCUCAAACAAUAGCAGAUAAGCUUUCGUUUCAACCCAAUCUUCUAAAAAUAGGUCCUUUAACUCUCUUUUUUCUUUUCUUUUGUUUUGUUUUUCUUUUUGAUUUGUAUUCACCGGAAGUGCACUCCUUAAUUUAUUACAUCGUUGACUAGUAAUUUAAAGUACUGUAUUUAAGUGCGUAUGUUAGUCAAAUGGGAACAAUAACUUUUGGAGAUCGAAGCAUGUUCAAAUAUUCAGCAUUAUGGCCUAUUUGAUUAAGGUGUAACUUGAAUUAAUUAAUGCAUGAAUUCAAUAAUAAUAACAAUAAUAAUAAUAACAAUAAAAACAAAAUAAAAAAGUGCUCGACAGACUGAGGGCCUGAAUGAACUGAUUACAGAAACCUGAUUGUUUUCCUGCAUUGCCAGGGAAAUUUGUUGGCUUUUGUCCAGGCAUUGUUGGAAAGGAACAUAUCCCAUCCCUUAAAGGGAAAGCUAUAGGGAAAAUUAAGAAGUCAAGUUAUAUAGAGCAACACCUAAAACGUAGUAUCCUUUAUAGCUGAAAGGUGCAGAUGCAUGCUUUUUGGUGCAUUCUCAGAAUGUAAAUGAAACUUAUCUAUUAUAUGCAUCCAAAUAGCAGCAGCUGGUUUCUUUUGAAGUCAUCAGUUGAGACUUUUUUUGUAUUCCCCUAAAACUCACUGAAGAAACUCAACAGAUUGAUAGUUGCACUAGUGCCUUUAUUUUACAUCCCCUAAACUGCUGGAAGUGCCUCCAGGACCUAAGCCAAUCAGAUAGUGAAAGAAAGGGCAAGGCAGAACUGCCUCCUGGCACAGCAUGGAAAGGGGUAGAGAGGGAAAGAAAGAGGAAGUGUGAGUGAGAGGGAUGCAGAAAAGGCAGGCAGAAACCACCAGCGCCAAUGGGAUACCUUCCUUCCCUUGUCAGUCCAAUGCUACAAGGCCCAGCAUUUGCUUCUGCCAGGUAACUCGUAGUUGUGUUUGUGCAAGACUUCAAGUUUUCCUAGGUUGUUCAUAGAGACAUUGCUGCUAUGGUUGUAUCUGCUCUUCCUUUCCCUGAGAUGACUUUUCGGUAGCCUUUCCCAGCCUGGCAGGACACAGAAGGAGCUAAGGACCAGCAUGAACUGCAGCAUUGCCCAGUCAGGCAAACAGAUUGCAGGGCUGUGUUCUUCUUUCCCUUGGAUUCCCCAGCAGGUAGGUGAGAGACGCCUUCCAGUGUCCUCACAUCCUUGCUUCUUUUAUCCCCUUUUGGCAGUCUGCCAGAUCUUAGAUCCCAUCACAGAUCCUUUGAGCCACAUUUUUCUUUCUGGUCCCUAAUCUUACUCCCACCAUGAUGUGAUGAAGGAAGCAACACUAGGAAAAUGUAUCUUCUGCAAUAUGCCAGCCUUGAUUGCUAGGCCCUGGAAGAUCUGAGUUAAUUUAGGCACUAAUCUUUAUUUUUUAAAUGGACAAAGUUGAGGAUCUUCAUUCUGCACUUAGCAUGUGGCCAACUGCUGUUGAACACUUCUUCCACAUUGUACAGAUCCUUUCUUCCCUUAUCCUUCUUAUAUAUGUAUAUAUAUGUAUAAAUAUAUAUAUGUGUGUCUGUGUAUGUCUGUGUCGCACACAGGCGCAGAUACGCAUGUAUGUAAAAUCAAGGCACUUAGAGUUAAAAACCAACACUAACUCUGCAGAUACGCACAAGCCUGACAUGCCAGGUUUACAGAAAGACUUGAUUUUAUUUCUCACUGUGUGGCUUCUGUGAAUCUUAACAAUGAGAAAGCGAUAAAGAACUGAGGGAGCUCUAACUCCUGUAAGAACUGCAAAUCAUCAGAUAAAACAGGGCAUUACCUCCUUUACGUAGAUGUUGUAAAGCUUCCUUCCUGUCCCUCCCCCACCCCCUUCACAGCCCUGCCCAUUGUACACCUUUCUCCCCACUCAAAUCUGAUGGUCCUGAUCUUCCCAAACUCUUGACUUCUAGGCUAUGACUUUUCAUGUCAAAACAGACUUGAAUGCUGCACUCAGCUUGUAAAACAACCAACUAACUAAACUAAACAGCAAUAAUCAAUUCAGUGCUGCGGGACUGAUGAUCAGAAAGCAGCAUCUGAGAGAUGAGGCCUCACUUCGGUAACUUAACUUCUGCCACAGUUGCGUAUGCACACCUUAGUUUAACGAGUGGAAUGAUAAUCAUUCUGCAUAUGUAAAGAAAAAUGUGCUGCAUGCAGCAAUUCUUCUUAAUCAGGAGACUGGGGUGGAUCAUUAGGACUAGAGGUGGUCUAGGGAGCUUUACUGUUGCUUUGUCCAUUUAUAGCUCACUGCAAAGGAUCUCAAUACAUAUGGAGUACAGGAAUUAGCCUUAUGUAGCAUAGGCAUGUGUUUUUGGCAAGUUUGACACACAAAAAAUAGACAAACAAAAAGUUCUUACUCCUUUUACAGAGGAGUGCUGAAACAUCUUUGUGGGCCUGAAGGUGCACUUACAGACUGCCAGUUUUUACCAGUAAGAAUCUUUUUCUUGAUUUUUCUUUUUUUUUUUUUUUCUUUUUUUUUCCCCUCCCCUCCUUUUGGAGUAUGUUUCUUUUUGUCACACAUGGGGUUGUUUAUGUCAGUGCAAGAGGACUUGAAAUGAGCUGAUGGCUAAUUUAGUGCAUCUCUGAAAGACUGAAGAGAACUUCGUUCAUUUGGUAGGAACAUCACAGAAGUAAUGCCCACAUCAUACUGGACAGGGAAGCUAGUAGAUAUGGCAGUCUUAGUUGGGCUGUAGUUUGCAGCAAGGCAGCAAUUCCAGCAUAAGGAGUUACUGCCCAAGCCUCCUUUACCAGCCACUGUUCUGUGCCUCACUAUGCUUCUUGGUUGUCCUCAUACAGCUUUUUAUUCAUCCAUUCAGGGAAGGGGAUGAGGGAAUUUAUCUGGUGUGAGCAAAGCAGCACUGCACUGUGGUGCAGAGGCAGGAAUGAAGUGGAGAGGCAGUGGGCAGGAAUCCUGUAGGCUGAUAUUGUUGCCAAAAUUUCCCAUCUGGUCCUGCCAUCCUUAGCUAUAGAGCAUUAGAGAACAUGCAGAGGAGCCGGCAGCAGAGUGAAAAUUAGAGGCUCUGUACCCCUUUCCUUCGUAGAGCUGAGAGGUUGCUGCCAGACUGCCAAGAGCUCAAAUCCUUUGUGUGGCAGCUCCAGCAGAGAUGAUGAACUGGAUUUAUUUGUCUUCAUGAGGGAGCUAGCAUGCAGUAAGCCAGGGUGUGAGUUGACAGCAUCCUAGCAAACCCAUGGAGAUUCCCUGCAUGGAGUCUCUGUCUUAAGCCUUAUCUCCAUUGGGGACUUCAGGAAAGCUAAUCCGAAUUGAUGAAAGGUGUGCAUUUAAAGUAGAUUUGUUAAGCUGUUUUAAAGCCCAGCAUGGACAUUCUGUUGCAGCAUAAAAGCAACCUUAAUCUGAUUUGGAGUCAUUCUUUUUGGAAGGAAAGUAAGCUGAAUUGAAUUAAGGUUGCUUUAAUUCUGAACACAAUGGGGCUUAAUACAGUUUACCUCAUCUGCCUCACAAGUUCAUUCAGAUAGAUGAGCCUUUAGUAACCAUGAAAUAUAUUGGAACUGACCCUGCUUUGCAGAGGGUGGCUAGGCGGAGUGUGCCCACGUGCUAUAAAACUCUUAGUACAUGAAUGCUGGUAAAUCACAGCCUGGCUUACUGAGGGCUAACAUGUUGUUCCUGUUAGCAAUUCUAGUGAUUUUCUUUCUUUGUUCCUGGUUUACACAUUUGUAGGUGUGAGGAUAAUCAAUCCUGCUGCCUUCUGGAAGGUUGGCAAUAAUCAUGGCCCAAGGAUUUUUUCCAUUUACGAAGUCUCUUACUGUUGAUCAUACAGACAAGCACUUGAAAGACAGUAUGUUGCUCUAGAGACAGGACAAAAUUCAGCAAAAGUCCUCUUGUUUUCAGCAGUGAUUUUGCCCAACCAGAGAUUUCAGGGAUCAGACCCUUCUUAGCAAUUCGGCUGUGUAUCAUUCAUUAGAGGCUGCAUUGGCCCAAAUCAACAACUGGAGUAGAGGCAACUUUUACUGACAAAUAUUUUACUAAGGGACAACUGUUUUCAUUAGAUAGAAGUACAGAAAGUUUCUUUCUGUUAUGAGAGAGUUGAAGCCCAAGUGUAACGUAAAAACCUGCUUAUUUUUACAUAUAAGGUACUGAGGGCAAAUUUCUCUUUUCCACAGUUCACACUUGGACAGUGUAGUGUCUUAUAUGGACAUGUAUUAACCCCCAAAAAACCCCAAAACCACAACACUAGGACAGGAACAUCUGAAAUUUAGAAAUAGAUGGGAAGUUGUAUUUUAGAAUAAGAUCUGCAUGUGUGUAUGGAGAAAAUAUAUUCCUUUCCAAAUAUUAGCUUGAGAACUGUUUUUAGAGGGGUGCCAUUCUGGAUUAAUUUAUUUCCCCUAAUAUGAAGAAGGAAGUACUGCAGCUCUUCCAGGAAUGGUCUGAUACUGUAGGCUUCCCUCAGCCUGAUACCACUGGUGGUCAGAGUAAUUUCAGUCUCGCAGGAAUGCAAAUCCAGUUCCAAAGUGUGAUUUAACCUUCAUAGCCAAAGAGCUGGGUGGAAUUGGAAAGCUGUCCUUGCAAUUGCACAACAUGGCAAGUUUGUUCCAGACCUGCCUAUUGCAAAUCUGAAAUCUAAGAUGCUUUAACCAGGGACCUACAUUUCAGUUUUGGUUGGACUUAUUUCAGGCUGAGUUUCUUUUUCUGUUUUCUACUCUUCUGGCUUUACUCAAUCAGGCAUAGAGAAUUUAUUUUUCCUGAAAUGCUUAUCAAGUAUUCUUAAAGGUGUCAGUAUUUGUAUCUGCAAAAUGAAACUUCAGGUUGUUCUACAGUUUCACUCAGUACAGAUGAACGUGCCACUGGUGCGGUCAACAAUUUAUGCGGUCAAGGCAUACUAUGCUUUGAUAUUUUCAAAGGAAAUAAAAUGAAACUGAGGUCUUAACUAAAAUUUGUCUCCAAGCGUCUGUUAAUAUCUAUGUAAUUCUGUAUAUUUCACCUGUUCACAGGCUUUAGCGAAUGUUGCUACAAGUUAUAAAAAAUAACCAUCUUCCAUUUCUAGUUUCUAUAAUAAAAUGAAGACGUUGCAUUCAGUUCCUUUAGGUGCAUCAGUCUUUGAUCCAUAUUAUCGUUUCAAUGACAUUUCUAUAAUGUAAUUGGGAUCAAAUGUAUAUUUUACUUUUGUACAAAAGUAAAAAUGAUAUUUUUAUGACUAAAUUCAGCAAACCCUUACCUAUAACCUGCUAAGAUGAAAUUUUAUUUUCCUUUCCUUUACAUGUAAACCAUUGUUUUUGCAGUAUGUUGGUUUGAAAUGAAUAAAUAACAGCUGUCAAUAGAACUGUAUGUGGCCUCUCAGACAUACCUCUGAUUUUAAAGAUGAAAUAUUACUGAUGUGAAAUAAACUGAUUAGUCUCCAUAUGAAAGUGCACCAUCAGGGCAACAAACCAUUUAAGCUGACACAGCUGUACCUAAUUUCACCAUUUAUAAAUCGCUUACACUUUGGGUCAAGUAUGGACUUCAUUGUCACAUUACAGCUCAUUUUACUUCAGUACUGAAACCAUUUGACUUAUCCUUUUUAAAACAUCUAAUGUUAUGAGUUCUUGAACUAUUUCAAAUGCAUAGUUUUCACCUAUGCAAUUUUACCUGCUUCUGUACUUGUUCGUCUGU